UAAUGAUUAUUAUUUCAUUACAAAUAAACCAAUAAAAUCUAUUCCAUUUUAUUUCAUUAGUUUUUAAUUUGUGCGAUCUCGUUACGUUGAAAUUCAGUGCAAGCAAUAAUGUAACUAUAAAAAGUAUGUAUGCACAUUGUUACAUCGAUCGAUGCACACCCGCAUCGUAACAGUAUGCACAUGUGUGUAGAAAUUGAGCUUUGUAACUGUAACGUACCUUUCAACAAACACAUAUAAACACCUGGCGUCUUUUAAUUAUCGAUAUCAACGUGAAUUCUGUGUUAUUCAACGUUAUUCGAUAUGCUUUACAUGUAGAAGUGAAAAACUCUAAAUUCUCGUGAAUUUGAUUAAAAUCAUGACAUUUAAAAAUCAGUUCAACAUCAAAGCUAAAAGUUAUAAAAAUGUAACAAGUUUCACGAGACACGCAACACAUGGAAAUACAAUAUGCGUAUACGAAAUAACGAAAUAGUUUUUGAGUGGUGCAUUCGAUCGGGGAGUAGGGGGAGUAUGUAUUACAUGUACGGAGCAUACGCGGUCGAGUGUCACAUAACCUCUAAGAAAUCCAGCGUAGCCAUGCAAUUGGGAAGACUGAAUCGAAUAUUGAAUGACUCUGCGUAAGAAAUAAGAGAAAAAAACCCUAUAAAAUCUGUCACAUUAUCACACAACUAUUAUCUUAUAAUCGUACGUUUUGUUUGCUGUCACCAAAUCCUUUUUUCGCAGAAGCACAUGUAUUACAAGCACGCUUUUCAUCAAAUAUAAUGAUUACCGAACCGCAUAUAAUUUCCUUUCCGAUAUUUGUUCUGUAUCACCUCGGGAAGAUGAUUGUAUACUCUCGAUAAUGUACUUUGUAACCUCGCAAUAAGGAAAAAGAAGAAGAGCUCUGAUCCUAGUCGAUAAUGAGAAAAACUCAAGCUUCGAAUUUAAAUAGCGAAACCAUGGAAUUAAGAUUACAAAAUACAUUAGCAAGGAGAAAAAAACGGCAGCCUCAAGACGAAAUGAAUUCGCGUGCGAUUAACGAUAAUAAGUCGCAUUCGAAAAAUAACGAUGCGAACAUUUCAACCGAGCAUCACGUUUCUGUAGAUAAAGCGAUUACCCCGAAAAAUGUAGAUAAAGCUGUGAAAAUAUUCGACACCAACGAGGUGCACAGGUUCGACAACGCAGGCUCCACGGAUCUAGACGAGUUCGCAUCCAAAUCGAUGAACGUUGUCGUCGAUAUUCACCGAGAAUACAAAUCGGAAAAGUCCGGCGAGAAUUCGGAUCGUACCAGAACCUCCGAGAGAACCGAAGGUGUCAGAAUGUUUUCGAAAACCAACGCGUUCGGCGACAGGAGGAGCGACCGUCAGAAAUUCGGCCAGGUUCAAACUCGGAGUAUCAAAAAGAUGCACGACGAUAUAGAGAUCGACGAUUCGAUAGACACGAUAGAGGUGGUUAAUUCGACGACGGCGAAAGGGGACGAGAGAGGAGAAAGAAAAUUGUCCAAGAAGAACAGCGACCAGUGUUCUUCCACCGAACGGAAGUCGCGCGGUAAGGGGAAGUGGGGGGCACCGCAACGUCAAACGGACGAUUUGAAAAAGCCGCCGCGGAAACGCUGGUCAAAAGACACUUCGAUAAUUCGUUUGCCGGAACCGAGAAGCGGUUCCUGGGCGUCGUCCACCGAAAACAAGCUUCCGUUGACGCGAUCCCCGGAUGAUACGAAACAAGCGUCGUUCUCGGCUUACGACAACGCGGCGUUCGUCUCGGACGACGAGGAAAUACUGCGAAUCGAGACCGAUUACAACGGCCGGGAAAAUGUGAGGAUAGAGAUGAGGGAGUUCGCUAAGGAACAUUUCGAUAACUCGACACUUUCGCCGCGCGGUAGAGAAAUACCGGACGCGGCUGCUGUCACUAUCGAAAGCUUAGACGAGUCGGAGAACUCGAAUUUCGAACGCUACGAAACAUCGAGGAAAGUUCGGUCACGAAACGGGAACGGUUACGACGAGCGCGGGAAACGCGCGAUUUCGAAAAAUGCGAGAGGAAACUCGGAUGAAAGCGACGACGACGACGGAUCCGAUAAUUCGAACGUAUCGCAGUCCUUGAGAAACGUGACCGUUCGAUCGAAUUAUCAGUCCUCCGAGGAAACAUCGACGAAACAUCGACGUUCUGCGAAGAACAGAGAAACGUCUAAAAAGCGUUCUAUCGAUGGUCAAGGUUAUGCUAGCCAAACUGUACCGUCGACGACCGAGGGUGACGAUGUAAAUCGCAGAAAAUCGGGGGAUCGUCGUGGCUCGAGAAGCGAGAACGAGAAAAGGAAAGUAUCUAAAAAUGUUUCCAGCUCUUCUCUGACCAGUCCGUAUUCCGACGUGGCCAAAGAGGAUUCGAAGAGGAGGAGGGAAAAGAAACAUGGCGCCAAGUAUAUUUCCGUUACGAUCCAUAGAGCGGACAUGUUGGAGAUCGAUUACUUGACGAAGCACCCGAUGGUGAAGGUGCACAUCGUGUACGCCGAAACUGGGAAAUAUUUGAAAAAUGGAUCCAGCAGUUAUUUGCAGCCGAUAAUCACCAGCACGUUCGAUUUCAAAGAGAACAGGUCCAUCGUGCCCGUGUGGGAGGAGGAGAUCAUCGUCUUCGAGCAUAAUUUCGAUUCGUUGCUGAAAACCGAUAACGAUCAGGUCGUGAUCUUGUUCGAGAUCAUCGACCUGUUGAGCUUCGCCGAGGCUAGCUUUAAUUAUGAUAAAUUUGGCCACGAAGGUUGUUGGUACAAGAUUGCUUGGGCCUUCUUGAAACCCGUGGGAAGAAACAGCGUCGUUCACAUCGAUCGAAAAGUUCGAUUACAAUUGUACAAAUGUCGCAAAACCGUGAAAAAGUUCGAACGAUUUCAUGCGUGCGAAGUGUACACAUGGUGGAGAUCCAGUGUCAGAGAGAAAUAUCCUAGCAGCUUGUUCGUCACGAUAAUGUCGAUCGAUCCGCCGAAAUUGGAACCGGUUCUCUAUCAGCAACUAUCGUUGAACGAGUUAUCGUUAUCCGACGCACGCAGCGAGCCGCAAAAAGUAUCAAGCCACACGACGAAUUCCAUCGAUUUGCCGAAGUGGUCGCGGUUGUCCGCGCAGUCUUGCAAAAUACCGAACGAGAUCACCUUCGAGACCGAGAUCAGCGAGAACGGAUGCUUCUUCGCAGCUUUCAGUAACAACGGCAAAUACUUGGCUUGCUGUCACUCGGAAGAACAUAAUUAUCCUUUGGUCGUUUACGAGAUCGAAACGAAACAAGUUCAUGUACGAUUCUCCGGGCACAAGAACUUCGUGUACUCUCUGAAUUGGUCCGAGAACGAUAACCAUCUACUCUCCGUCUCGUCGGAUCAGACCGCUCGUGUUUGGGACGUGCAGAAUCAAAUCGUGCAACACACGGAAAUGAUGCCGCAUCCUUCGUACGUGUACUGCGGCAAAUUCGAUCCGGAAAGCGCUCUGAUCGUUGCGACAGGAUGCUACGAUCGUACGGUUCGCAUCUGGAAGCGUGGCAGAAGAUCGAAAGGUCGAGAUCUCGGUCAGGAGCUGGAGGGUCACGAGGGAUUUAUAAAUGCUAUGUGCUUCCAAAAGAACAGCAAUCUGUUGACCGCGGACAGCGUUGGUGUAAUAAUAUUAUGGACGGCGAAGAAAAUUCGGAGCAGAUUGAGCCGCAAGGAAUGGCAGAUUUCGCGGAAGAUAAAGGUCCGAGAAAUCAGCGGCGUGAUCGUUAACACCAUCCUUUUGCAUCCCCUGGAAUCUAGGCUGCUCGUCCAUUCGCGGAACAACGGAUUACGGAUGUUGGAUCUGGCAACCGGUGUCGUAUUGCAGAAAUACAGCGAGGUAAACAAUCGAAGGAUACAAUCGGUGGCGUGCAUAUCUCCGUGCGGCGGUCUAAUUCUUUGCGGGGGCGAGGAUUCUACGUUGAAGGCAUGGAACUUAGAGACCGGAUGUCUCGUAGCGAAGUACAGUUUCGAGCGGAAUUUACGCGCGGUGACAUGCGUGGACUAUCAUCCGUACGACCACAUGAUAGUAUUCUCGACGUUCGGUAGCCCAGCGUCGGUGAAAAUUCUAAAAUUCAACAAGGAAGCGAACCCGGAGGACGUAGGCUUGAGAAUGCUGGAGGAUAGCAGAACGAGAAUGAACGUCGGCGAGACGUCUGUAAGAGCUGUGAACACACCGACGAUGGCCGCGGAGAGAUCGCGGUCGAGCAGCAGAAUUCACACGCCGGACAACGCUUUGAAAGAAAGAAAUUCGCAAUCCGGCGCGAGCGCGAAAUCGUACGCCGGCGAAACGUUCGAUAAAGACGCGAAAUACACGGACACGAGAUUGAAGCUGAUGCGAUUGAACGAGACCGAGGAAACGAUGAAGAAUCGAAGCGCUAAUCGGCUGUACAAUAUCAUCGAGAAAAUCGAUAGGAUUUUAUCGAACACGUCCAGGUCCUCCGGCGACAUAGAAUGCGGGAAGAGCUUUUCGUUUACUCGAGAGGCGAACAAAGGCGGGAUCUUCACGAUACAAGACGAGAACGUGGAAAGAAGGAGGAUAAGAGCGGAGAAGAAGAAAUCGUUUGCUUAUUUGAGCGCCGACGACUGUUCGAAUUCGUGCGUCGAAUCGAGUACGACCAGCAGCGUGAAACCGAUGAGAAAGGUCGUGGAGUCGAAGCCCGCGAGGAAACCCAGAGAUUGGAAAGAGAGAUCCCAAAGCGCUAAAGUGUCGAAGAGCAAUGAAUACGAAGACGAAGUCCUGAAGACCUUCUCCGACAGUGCUGCGAAUUAUCAGCGGAAUAAAGCUUGUACAGCGAGAAGCACGGAGUCUUCUUUCAUUAUUCCAGUCGAGGGAAGAGAAAUGAAACCGAAGGAGUUUCUGAAAACUGCUUAUUUCAAUAAUGACUCAUCGAAUUCUUCCGGUAGUGCCGGUACGUAUGUUGUAGAGAAGGAUAACGUUGAAGGGAACAGCGACGAAGGCUCGAUCAAAUUAAUCGAAAGCGAAGAUCUGAUCGAAAACGACAUGGAAAAUUAUGUGAAGGAUUUACGUCCAGGAAGCGAUAGCUCGGUGAUCAGCAACGCGACUUUUACUAUUGAGAAUGAAGUGCCCGUCCCAUUGCCUAGAAGAAAGAAAAAUCUUUCUUGAACCAGCUUCGUUGUAGGAAUAGAUGUAGACUACUUGAUUAAUAUCGUGUGAAGAAAGUAGACCGUAUUUUGCUUGUGCACAUUUUAUAGAAUCUCUGCUUUCUCAUACAACUUGAACUUUUAAGGGGACUUUAUUGGAAAAUUGUUUAUUCUAAUUUAAAUAAUUACAUUGUUAUUCUUUCUUAUAGAGACGAUACAAUUGUUACGUUCGAUACGUAUGAAGCAGAAUGGAACAUCCCUUAAAGUGAGCACAGGCAGAAUAUUGUAAGAUCCUUUUACACGAAGUUAUCGUUUUAUUUUGCGAAAUAGCGUGUUACUUGUAUCUUAAGAAAUAUUUUGCGAUAAGAGAAACCGUAAUUAUCCGCACAAUGAAUUAAGCUUUAUUAUUUAUUCUAAGUGUAUUCUUUGCAAUAUAAUAUAAGUAGCCUUAAGCUGCUCUGAGUUUUGUAAUUUUUGUAAUAAUGUGGAGUUUGUGAAGAAUCGUCUUUAUAAAUACAUGUACUAUUGAAACGAAAA